AUGGGCGAACACUAUGUGGGUAGCCAAGCCAAGGGCUAUAAUCAGCCCUAUGGCUAUCCGAUGAAUUGCAACAUGUCACGUGUGUUUAUGGAAAUGACCGAAGAGGAUCGAAAAUGUUUGGAAGAACGAAAAUACUGGUGUUUUAUGCUCAGCAGUAUUGUAACGUUUUGUGUGUCUAUGUUACUAGUGGUUACGUGGCGGAUCGUCACACAUUUGUUCUGUCAACGACGUCGUGAGGACGAAGUCGAAGUCACGGAGACGGUGCCAAUCCACUUGAACGGCAAGCACGGCGCUGCCGCAGCAGUCAAAACCGAAUUUGAAAGUUUAGCGCUGAAACAGGAAGAAAAACAUCUGGGUUGGAUGACUGAGGCAAAAGAUUGGGCUGGAGAAUUAAUAUCUGGUCAAAGCCUCACUGGUCGCUUCCUGGUCGUGCUGGUGUUCGUCUUGUCACUGGGUUCCCUCGGCAUCUACUUCUAUGACGCGAGC